AUUUUAUCGAAUAUAACACAUUGGUUGGAAUAAAUUAUAUCAUUCUGUGAUCAGUGGAGUUUUCGUCUGCUCUAAAAGUGGAAUUUGGUCCAAUUGAAAGCUUUUUAAAAAAGCAAACAUAUUACUCCAGUUCCCUUUUUAGAUCAUGCUUUUCAAGUUAGCAAGAGAUUGUGUUUCAGUCUGUUACUGUGCAGUCGAUCUGUGCUUUAUAUGCAUAUCGUAGAGAUUUUACUUUUUACCUGAUUUUAGUGCUUAUGCUUGUAGUGUUGUAUUUGAGAAAAGUGUGAACAGACAAGGCACCUGAGAUUUAAUUUUUCAAGAGCCUUGUCAUUUCAAUGUUGUAUCUCAGAUUACAAGUAGUCUGAGCCUUUGUUGUAAUGCACAGUAUACAAUAGGUCUUUUCUCAUAAAAAUAUGCCUUAAGAUACUAUUUUUUUAACAAACUGGAUGAAAGUUUGAUAUCUGAACACUGUUUUGUGAAGAAAUGUAUGUCUGGGGAAGAGGAGCUGCCUAAUGGAUCAUGGCUCUGAUGUUCACAGGGCAUACUCUAUUUCUAGCAUUAAUGGUGUUUGAUGUCUUCACUUUUGAAGAAUCUGUAAGCAAUUACUCUGAUUGGGUGACUUUCAUAGAAAAUGUAGAUCAAUAUGAAAAACAGCAACUUGAAGGUCUUAGUGCUGAGCAGAAGCUGAAAAGAACAGUUCUUCAUCCAAGCUUGUAUUUCGACCCUCAGGAUGUUCAGGCACUGAGGCAAAAGGCUCGUACAAGCCAUUUGCAUCUCUUCAGAGCCAUCAGAAGUGCAGUGAUGGUUAUGCUGUCCAACCCUUUGUACUACCUACCUCCACCCAAGCACAUUGAUUUUGCGGCCAAGUGGAAUGAGAUUUAUGGUAACAACCUGCCCCCUCUGGCAUUCUACUGUUUGCUGUGCCCCGAAGAUAAAGCUGCGUUUGAUUUUGCCCUAGAGUAUAUGGAUAGAAUGGCUGGCUACAAAAACUGGCUGGUUGAGAAUGCUCCUGGAGAUGAAGUGCCACUCGGACACUCCCUGACAGGAUUUGCCACUGCUUUUGACUUCUUGUACAAUUCACUGGAAAAUGAGAGAAGGCAAAAAUACCUGGAGAAGAUAUGGUCCGUAAGCGAGGAGAUGUAUGAGUACUCCAAGGUUCGUUCCUGGGGAAAGCAGCUUCUCCAUAAUCACCAAGCAACCAAUAUGCUUGCUCUGCUUAUUGGGGCUUUAGUUGCCGGAGUGGACAAAGGAUCUCAGGCGAAUAUUUGGAAACACACUGUGGUUGAUGUGAUGGAGAAAACAAUGUUUCUCCUCAAUCAUAUUGUGGAUGGGUCUCUGGAUGAGGGAGUAGCUUAUGGGAGUUACACAGCCAAGUCAGUAACACAGUAUGUUUUCCUGGCCCAGCGCCACUUUGGCAUUAACAACUUGGAGAAUAACUGGCUAAAAAUGCACUUUUGGUUUUACUAUGCCACCCUACUGCCAGGCUUCCAGAGGACUGUGGGUGUUGCAGAUUCUAAUUACAACUGGUUUUAUGGUCCUGAGAGCCAACUGGUUUUCUUGGAUAAGUUCAUCAUGAAGAAUGGAGCUGGUAACUGGCUGGCACAGCAAAUUAGAAAACACAGACCCAAGGAUGGGCCAAUGGUGCCAUCCACUGCACAGAGGUGGAGUACAUUACAUACAGAAUUUAUAUGGUAUGCUGCUGAAAUCACUCCUCAGCCACCUCCUGACUAUGGUACUGCUAAAAUGCAUGUGUUUCCCAACUGGGGAGUUGUUACUUACGGGGCUGGAUUGCCAAACAGUCAGACAAACACUUUUGUAUCCUUCAAGUCUGGGAAACUCGGUGGGCGUGCUGUUUAUGAUAUUGUUCACUUUCAACCCUACAGAUGGAUUGAUGGGUGGAGAAGUUUCAAUCCGGGACAUGAACAUCCCGAUCAGAAUUCCUUCACUUUUGCUCCCAAUGGACAGGUGUUUGUAUCUGAGGCUCUGUAUGGACCUAAACUCAGCCACCUGAACAAUGUCUUGGUGUUUGCUCCAUCUCCUACAAGCCAGUGCAACCAGCCUUGGGAAGGACAGCUUGGUGAGUGUGCCCAGUGGCUGAAGUGGAUGGGUGACGAGGUUGGAGACUCAACUGGAGAAAUUAUAACAGCCUCCCAGGCUGGUGACAUGAUGUUUGUGAGUGGUGAGGCAGUAUCUGCUUACACAUCAGCAAUGAAACUGAAAAGUGUGUAUCGCGUUUUGCUGCUCUUAAACUCUCAGACCUUGUUGGUGGUUGACCAUAUCGAGAAGGAGGAAGACUCUCCUGUUAAUUCAGUCAGUGCCUUUUUUCAUAAUCUUGACAUUGAUUUUAAAUACAUACCCUAUAAGUUUAAGAGCAAGUACAAUGGAGCUAUGAUGGAUGUGUGGGAUGCCCACUACAAGAUGUUUUGGUUUGAUCAUCGUGGGAGUAGUCCUGUUGCUAGGAUACAGGAGGCUGAACAAGCUGCUGAAUUCAAAAAGCGAUGGACUCAGUUUGUAAAUGUUACCUUUCCAAUGAAAAACACGCUUACAAGGAUUGUUUACCUUUUCUAUGGCCCAUAUGUCAAUGUUUCUAACUGUAGACUCAUGGAUAAUGCAAAAUCUGGAUUUCAGAUUUCGCUCAGUGUCAACAACACUGAAAAUACCAUCUCUGUUGUGACUGAGUAUCAGAAUUUAAAGGCAAGGUUUGAUUACUUGGGAUUUGGUGGUUUUGCUAAAGUAGUUCAUGGGAACAAAGUGACCAAGUUUGGUCUUGGUACUGAAUCUGUGAAAAAAGAUAUAAAAAAUAAUAGGGUAGUUUUCCCAUUUGGAUUCAAAGUGAACAUAAUUGCAGGGUUAAUUUUGGGUGCCAGUUUGGUCAUACUGGCUUUUCAGUGGCGGUUUUACAUAUCCUUUGGCAAAAUGUUGCGUUGGAUCCUGAUCCUGGUUGUUACACUGUGGCUUAUUGAAUUGGUGGAUGUGUGGAGCAUGUGUACUCAGCCCAUCUGUGCAAAGUGGAGCACUGACGUGACAAGGAUAGAACGUGAUAAAGGCAAUAAAGCCAAACAAUUAGAAGGAAACCCUGUCGUUUUGCCAGAUGUUAUCAUUACUUCACUUCCCACUUCUGGUGCAGAAAUUUUAAAACAGCUGUUUUUCAACACCAGUGACUUUUUAUACAUCAGGAUACCUACACCCUAUCUUGAAAUUCCUGAGACUGAAUUUGAAAUUGAUUCCUUUGUAGAUCCAUGUGAAUGGAAGGUUUCUGAUGUCCAGAAUGGUAAUUUUCGUCUUAUCCAAGGGUGGCUCCAGUCUCUAGUUCAAGACACAAAGUUGCAUUUACAAAACAUUCAUUUGUAUGAAGCUAGCAGAAGUAAAAUUGCUCAGCAUUCUGCAUUAAGCAAAGACAAAAAGAAAAGGUCCAAAAAGAGAGAAUCCCUGUUAGAGCAAAGAAGCAGGGCAAGAGGAAGUCAAGAAAAAGAUGCUGAAUAUAUUAGGGAACUGAGAAGACAUCUUGUCUAUUAUCCUAAUGCACGACCUGUGCUUAGUUUAAUCAGUGGAAGCUGGACAUUAAAGCUUCCCUUCUUUCAGGAAAUCUUAGGACCAUCAAUGAGAGCUUUAUAUGUAGUGAGGGACCCACGGGCAUGGGUCUAUUCAAUGCUGUACAAAAAUAAGCCAAGCCUUUACUCCUUGAAAAAUAUUCCACAACGCUUGGCUGCGAUGUUUAAAGGGGAGAAUGGUAAAGAAAAAUGUAGUUUAAAUGAAGGCUAUGCCUCUGAGUUUGAAUCACUGAGAAAAGAAAUUUCAAAUUCUAACUCAAAUGCUAUUUCUGUGUUGUCUUAUUUAUGGCUAGCAAACACAGCAGCAGCGAUGAGGAUAAACAGGGACUUGCUGCCAACAAAUUAUCAGCUGGUCAAGUUUGAAGAUAUUGUGAGCUUUCCUCAGAAGACUGCUGAAAAAAUUUUUGCCUUUCUUGGUAUUCCUCUUCCUCCUGCUAGCUUAAACCAAAUAUUAUUUGCCACCUCCACCAGUCUUUUCUAUCUUCCCUAUGAAGGGGAGAUUUCACCGAGUAGCAUUCAUGCCUGGAAACAAAACAUGCCCCAUGAAGAGAUUAGACAGAUUGAAGAUAUCUGUUGUUCACUGAUGGACCACUUAGGAUACCCAAAGUUUAUAGAAUAAAUGCUGCUGGUCAGCAGAAAUUUGCACUAAUGAUCUCUGAGUCCCAAUUUGUGGAUAAAUAUUAGAUAAGUUUGUUUAUUCUUGUAAAAUGUGUACAGUCUGCUACUUUCAGAGAGAUUAUUUUAAGAAAAAUGUAACUGUUCUUGAAACUGUGGAAGGGGUUUUUUGUUUUGAUUUUGUUUACUUUAAGAAGAUAUUGUAACUAUUUUUGUGGCCUUUUGAAAAAAGCUGUGUGAACCUUUGCAGAAGCACCAGCUGGGGCCUCUAUAGCUCAGGGGAUUAGUAAUAGAACAGAGAGCUUUUCACCUCCAGCUCACCAGUUUGACACCAGCCCAUAUGGUUAAUUCCAGAAAGUAUUUACCAUCUGAUGAUUGUAUAUGAUGGUUUAUGUGAAAUUAUACUUGUCAAACUGGUCCUGUUCCCAAUGGUCAUUAUUGGCCCCCUUGGACAAGUUUACUGAUGCAUUCUGUCAAUGUCUCACUGGUCACUAUGGUGGUACAAAAUAAACAUAAGCUGAGAUUUAGGGCUGUUCAGCAUUCCCUUAGUGGGAGGAAACAUAACAUUAAGUAAAUCUAGUUUCUUAUUUACAAUUUGAGCAGACAGGUCCAGGACUGGAAUGGACUCAGAUAUUAAAGCUCGUUCUAGGAUAUGAUUCCUGCAUGUCAGAAAUGUGGUGCUUAAAUUUGAGGUUGAUGUUUCACAAAAGACAAAUAUUAAUUUUUCCGUUCCUGACAAUGUAGUACCCUUUGUGAGCCUGAAGUGAAUUAUAUGGAGGAAAAAAAAUUGGGAUGAAAUCCAAGAAACUAGCAAGAUCCCUUAAAUGUGCGGUUAAAUUUGUGUAGUUUUAACCUGCCUCAACCUAAUUUUGAAUGUUGUUAACAUAUUGACUUCUUGAACUCUUUUUUUCUAUACCUCUUGUCUUAGAGGUUCUGCAAGGAUAUUCUCUUUUUGAGUGAGACUCUUCCAUCCUUUGUUGUGACACAUUUCUCUGCUGAUUUUUGUGCAUAAUUACCCUGGGACCAGUGCAGCUACAUGAUGCCAUUGGCAAUGGCCUAUUGUUGAUGUCUGCAUAAAAUGCAAUCUGAGAUUUAGAGGACCUCAAAUAAAUCUCUAGCCCUGUGUUGCUGUGGGAUGUUUUGCUUGUCUGUAUAAUGAAUUUCUGAAGGACAGCCAUUGCUAACCUCAGGUCUUCGAUCAGAGAGGGGAGAGAUCUGAAAAUCACCUGACCCUCAGCCGCCUCACAUUUGAGUGAUGUUUCCCUGCAGCAAACUAUUUCCAAAGUUAUCUGAUAGUGUUUCUUUAACAUGAUGCUGUGUAUGAUAUUUGUUUGAAAACAGAUAGGCCUGAUAGGAUAGUUGCAUCUUUGUCACAGCUUAUUCUUUUCUUGAAUCACAUUCUUUGUUUGCACAUGCCCAUUAAGAAAAAAAUUCUCAUUUGCCAAUUUAACUUGCUCAGCAUUCUCUGGAAAUGCAUGCAUAUUGUAAAUGUCUGCAGAUGUGUGUAUCAGAUCACAAAGAGACCUAUUUCCUUGACCAUCUGUUUUUUAUUAUAAGUGGAAUUGUGUUGAAAUAUGCUUCAAUUGGUUUGUGGGAGCUGGAAUCAGAGCUUAUUAUAUUAAAAAUAUGUGUGUAAUUGUUAUUUAUUUGGGUGGUAAGCGUUGGGCAAUGUCAAAAGUGCAGUGAGUUCUUCAUAGGGAUUACAGAUACAUUUGCUGAAUUUUAAUAUAAAGGAGUUCUUUUUUCUUCCAAUGUUACCAUUAUGUCCCUGUCCUACCCAGCUGUUUUGUCCCUCCCAUAAGUACAUUUCAUGUCCUUGAGAUAUCUCAUUGCAACCUAGAUAAAAGUACCUCUUUCACAGACAGUCAUUAGUAUGGCAAAAUAGGCUUCUACCGUGAUAAAGCUAUUGAUAAUUUGUGGUCUUACUCACAGUAAAUUACCUGUCAUUUACUAGCAGUAGCUGUAUUUUCCCCUUCAAGCCUGUAUUUCACCUUUGGCUUGGUGGAGUGCCAUGUUAAAAGAAAUAUUAAACAAGUUAAUAUGCAUUGACAUUUUAGUGAAACUUUUGUUUCCAACUAUCAUCCUCUCAAAUUGCCUUCUCUCUGCAGCCAUUUUUGAUUGUAUGUUAAAAGAAAGUAUUGAUGUCUGUACAGUUUGUACUUGACAGAAUAAAUUUCAGCAUUUACUUUCUAUUUCCAAGAUUUACAGUCUAGAAUCAGAACAAAUAAAAAGGCAUUUCUCUGUCAGAAGUUUUAGGGCAGCUGAAGGUAAGAUUUGUGGUCAUACAGAGUGGUUCUCUAAAGUUCUCUUCUGUUACUGGUGUUCAAAAGAAGAAUGGUCACUACACAGACACAAACACUGACCUCCCCUUGCUCCAUACAGUAAUGUUUAAAACUGUCAAUUAACUUUGAGAAUUGUUUGAACUUUUUGAAAAGAAUAUCUGUUUAGGUGCAUUGUGUUGAAAAGUGUUCUGACACUUUCAUAAAUACACUAAUGAAAACUUAGUCUCACUACUUCUUUUCUUUCUUUCUCUCCCUCUAUUAAAUGUUGAUAAUUAUUUGUACUGUAUUGUAGUUUGAAUUGUCCAGUUAUGACACAGCUAAGAUUCUAAUGUAUUUUUAAAAAGGCAGUUUUUAUUUAAAUUCUUGCCUCUAAAUCAUAUUUGGAAGCAUAAGAAAAGUAAAUACCAAGGAAAACAUUUCAGUUAUUUACUUUGUAAGUAAGUGACAUUGGCCUUGGGGAGAUGCACAUGGGUCU